CUCUCAUAUAAACCAAGCUUUGAAUUCUCAUAAAAAUCAGUGAGAGAGAUGGCAAGGAAGCUGCUGAAGGUUCCAUCCUUAAAGAGAAUGAUUUCAUCUCCAAGAUCCAAUGAUGUCUGUUCUGAUUUCGAUGCAUGCAGCACAUCAUAUGUUGCAGAGAAGGGUCAUUUCAAUGUGUACACUUCAGAGGGGAAGCGUUUCAUGGUUCCAUUGGCAUACCUUGACAAUAAUAUUUUCAAGGAGCUCUUGAGGAUAUCUGAAGAAGAAUUUGGUUUGCCAGGUGAUGGUCCCAUCACACUGCCCUGUGAUGCGGCAUCCAUGGAAUAUGUGCUGUCUUUGCUUAGAAGAGGAGUGUCUAAGGAGAUGGAGAUGCAGUUGCUUAGCUCCAUCUUCAUCUCUUGCCAGUCAGCAUGUUCUAUGCUUCCUGUUGAGCAACCACAUCAAGUAGCAGUUUACAGUUUUUGAUUUCUUGUAAUAACACAGUCUCACUUGUAUAAUCUCAUGAAAUUCUUUGAUUCUUGAAAAAUUCUCUCAAGAACUUAUUUGUGAAGAAAUUCUCUCUUUUGGAUUAUAUGAAAUUAAGACAUCAAUCCUUCAAUCUCAUUAUGUUCACUGGCUGCAUGUAAUUUUGUCAUU